AUGGUGCUUUUCUGGCGGAACCCAGAAGCCCACAACUCCCUUGUUGAUGAGAACUCGGCAUUUGGCAUGCCCAAGAACUCUUCGCGACAGGACACCGAAGCCAAAUGGAUGGCUGGGCAGCUAAACCAUCUGACACAAGAGCAGGACAGCAAACUGUUGAGAUUUCGGAACCUCUGCGAGCAGCAUGGAUAUUGUAAGGCCCAAACCAAUGAUGAAUGGACAGAUAAUGACCGUGCCAUACUUUUACGAUUCCUACGAGCACAGAGGUUCGAGAUUGAUAAUGCACUAGAGCAAUUUCGGGAUGCAUACGAAUGGAAAGCAGAACACGGUAUCAAAUCAUUCUACCAAAAUAUGGACGUGGUGAUGUACGAAUUCUCUAGGCAGAUGUUUUCGCAGUGGACAGGACAUCGAGACUCACGAGGCCUCCCAAUAUAUGUAUUUCCACUGAAGCAUCUCACCAAGGAGAGAAUGGAAGCUUUUGUGUCCAAAAUGUCACCAUUUUCUGUGACACCAUCCUCCUCGUCAUCACAAACACCGGGCCAUUUGAUCGUGUUUCAUGCGUUGUACGAGAAUAUGUUGGAUUUUGUAAUGCCACUCUGCAACCAACUUGAAAGGCCACACAUGGAAAUUCCUGUUACAGCAUCCACACAUAUUAUUGACCUAAGUGGGGUUACACUAAGGCAGUUUUUUGACUUAAAACGAUAUCUACAAGGGGCCACUUUAUUAGCGACAAAGCAUUAUCCCGAGACGCUUAGUCGUAUAUUUAUCCUCGGUGCCCCGCCACUAUUUCGGACAGCUUGGCAAAUAAUUAAAAACUGGGUGGAUCCUGGCACUCUCUCGAAAAUCUCAGUCCUGUCUCCAUCCGAAUCAAGGCGAGAACUACUAGCCUAUAUAGAACCCUCCAGCCUCCCAGAGCAAUACGGAGGGACACUUAAUUGGAAGUGGGGAGAUAUGCCCAACCUGGAUGACCACGGAAGGAGUCUAGCUCCUUCCCUAUAUCAGAGUGAUGCCAGUGGGUCCGACUACUUCAUUAAAGGCCCUGUCAUCUUCAAGGAUGGCGCUAUCGAAGGGUUGGGCUCUGCCGAAGGGAAAAUAAGGAAGAUAGUCAUACCAGUGCAUAAGCCAAGGGUAAUCGGUUGA